AUGAGCAAUUCUUUAACGAGCAUUUUAAAUGAUAGCUACAGACACUCCGAGCCAACGAGAGUAAAAGAGAGCCAGCCAGAGCAAACGAGAGCCAGCAAGACCAAGAAGAGCCAAGAAGAGCCAAGAAGAGCCAAGAAGAGCCAAGGAGAGCCAAGGAGAGCCAAGGAGAGCCAAGGAGAGCCAAGGAGAGCCAAGGAGAGCCAAGGAGAGCCAAGGAGAGCCAAGGAGAGCCAAGGAGAGCCAAGGAGAGCCAAGGAGAGCCAAGGAGAGCAAAGGAGAGCCAAGGAGAGCCAAGGAGAGCCAAGGAGAGCCAAGGAGAGCCAAGGAGAGCCAAGGAGAGCCAAGGAGAGCCAAGGAGAGCCAAGGAGAGCCAAGGAGAGCCAAGGAGAGCCAAGGAAAACCAAUGAGAGCCAACGAGAGCCAACGAGAACCAACAAGAGCCAACUAGAGCCAACAAGAACCACGAGAGCUCGCAAGAGCCAGCGUUGGCGUUGGGAUAAUACUUUAGAUGGUUGCCAGAUAUGA